CUUAGUCUGUUGUGUUUGUUACAGCUCAUGCAUGCGUUCUCACGAGAUGCAACGCAUGGCUAGUUUACCUAAGAAGUUUGGCAAGUUUCUGAAAAAAAUAAGCAGAACUAACCGCCGUGUUUUGUGGAUAUCGGCCAUUGUGCUAUCGGGUAUUCUCCUUCUUUUAUUCACCGGUGAAGAUGGAUGCAGAUGCAGUUGCGAUGGAAGUUAUGCUACAUUCACGGGCAUCCCUAAUUUACAUGCAGCCUACCAAGAUUUUCAGAAAGGAUCUACGAAUCAUCUACGGUAUCCAGCCGACUUUCCCGUGAUCAUGCAAGAUGUCAAUCUGUGUCGAUCAAGCGAUCAGCCUGACCUAAUUGUCCUUAUCAAAACAACUCAUGAGCAAUACCGCCUACGACAGCAAAUACGUCAAACAUGGGGUAAUUCGUCCUGCUACUCCAAACACGGGCUAUCAGCACGUGUGUUGUUUCUUUUUGGUGUGUUGGCCGAUCAAGUGGAGUUAAGGGAUCAUCUACAGACUCAGCUUAAUUGGGAACACCUGACAUAUCAGGAUAUCCUUCAGUUCGCUUUUGUAGACACUUAUCGGAACAACACGCACAAAGUUAAAAGCGCUCUAAAAUACUUAACCGAACGUUGCCCACUAUCCCGACAUAUUGUUAUCUUCGACGAAGACUUCCUCGUCCACCCUCGUAAUUUGGUCACUACUCUGAACAGUGUAACGGAAAUUCAGUAUCCCAUAUUCUUUGCAGGACUGGUAAGAAGAGCAGAGGGUCCAUCUCGGUACGUGCGUAGCAAAUGGUAUGUUAGUCGCAGUGAGUAUCCUUACAACGCAUAUCCACCUUUUGUGUGCGGAGGCGCUGUGCUCAUGAGUAUGCCAUUUGCCAACAUGCUGUCCUUCGGAUUGCAGUCGAUCCCUUAUCUGUUCAUGGAUGACAUUCUCAUGGCAAUUGUAGCUAAUGAAUUCAACAUUCUUCCUGUGAAUGUGGCGGGAAUCCAUUCGCCAUGUGGACUAAAGCGACUCAAUCGGAAGCUGGCAAGCAACCUGGUCGCUGCGCACGAAUUCAGAGAUGUGGUCCACCAAGCUAUAGGUUGGACAAUACUGCCGCAGCCGUGCUGACAGCAGUUGUCCAGUGAAUCCCAAUGCAACAUACAAGAUUUGCUAUACUCACUGUCUUUGGAUAAAACAAUGGGAAGGCAACAGUGUAUGUGCGUACUGAAUGUGAACCCAACCAGUCAACUCCCACGCGCGGCCUUGUCGUAAUGGCCCCAAUGGACCCAGAC